GAAGCGGGGCUUCGGCUCUUCCCGGGGCUGUGUGUGUGUCUUUGCUGGGGUAGCCGCCCUCCCCGAUGUCUCUUUCGGGGUGAAGUUAUUUUCCUUCACGACCUCCUGACCCAUCUUUUCAGAACAAAGCUUAAAGAUAAUUUGGAUACAAGAAAUAUAUGUACCAAAUGGGAAAAGUGUUUAGUGUGAAUUAGAUCAGAGAAAACCACUUUGAAGAGGAAGGCUAUGGCAAUAAGAAGCUUUGCAUGGUACAUGCUUUGCCCUGCGAAUGACUCUUGCGCUUCAUGAGACAAUCUCACUCUGGAAAGAAAUGCUUUGUAAGUGAAGUGUCUCGGAAACUUUUGAGAGUACGUCCUACCUUGCAAGUCACAAAGAAAUGCGCAGAGGGAAGAAACCCUAUAGAUGCCCAGAGUGUGGGGAGUGUUUUGCCUUCAGUUCAGCCCUUAUCAAUCAUCGGCGAAUCCACAAAGAAGAGAAACCCUAUAAAUGCCAAGAAUGUGGAAAAUGUUUUGCCCAGACUUCAACUCUUCUGAUCCACCUGAGAAUCCACACAGGAGAGAAACCGUAUAAAUGCCAUGAGUGCGGAAAACGUUUCGCUCAAAACUCAGUCCUUGUGACGCAUCAGAGGGUCCACACCGGGGAGAAACCCUACAAAUGCCAAGAGUGUGGGAAAUGUUUUGCUUACCACUCACAACUUAUGAAACACGAUAGAGUCCACACAGGAGAGAACCCGUACAGAUGCCAGCAGUGCGGGAAGUAUUUUGGUUAUAUUGCAGACUUUGUGAAGCAUCAGAAAACACACACGGGAGAAAAGCCCCACAAAUGCCAGGAGUGUGGGAAGUGCUUUGCUCAGAAAUCCUUCCUUGUAACACAUCAGAGAGUCCACACAGGGGAGAAAGCUUACAAAUGCCAGGUGUGUGGGAAAGGUUUCUUCCGGAAGUCAAGCCUUCUGAUCCAUCAGAGAGUCCACACAGGAGAGAAACCAAACAGCUGUCCGGAGUGUGGGAAAUGUUUUGCUUACAACUCACAGCUUGUGGAUCAUCAGAGAGUCCAUACGGGAGAGAAACCAUACCAAUGCCAGUACUGUGGGAAAUAUUUUGCCCGGAAUUCAAAUCUCAUAAUCCACCAGAAGGCCCACAAAGGAGAUCGGUCACACAAAUGCCAGGAGUGUGGGAAGUGUUUUACUCAGCGGUCACGACUUGUGAACCAUCAAAAAAUCCAUACAGGAGAGAAGCCGUACAAGUGUCAGGAAUGUGGAAAAUGUUUUGUUCAGAAUUCACAGCUCCUUGUGCAUCAAAGAACCCACACAGGAGAGAAACCAUUUAGAUGCCAAGAAUGUGGGAAAUGUUUUGCUCAGAAUUCACAAUUACUUGUGCACCAGAGAGUCCACACAGGAGAGAAACCGUACAAAUGCCAGGAGUGUGGGAAAUGUUUUGCUCAGAAUUCGCAGCUUCUGGUGCACCAAAGAGUCCACACAAGAGAGAAAUUGUAUAAAUGCGAGGAGUGUGGGAAGAGUUUUUCUCACAAUUCAUAUCUGGUGAAGCAUCAGAGGUUUCAUACAGAAGAGAAACCAUUCAAGUGCCAAGAAUGUGGAAAAUGUUUUGCUUCAAACUCAAACCUUGUAAAGCAUCAAUCUGUACACACAGGAAAGAAACCAUACCAAUGCCAAGAGUGUGGAAAAUGUUUUUCCCAGAGUUCAAACCUGCUGAUUCACCAGACAGUCCACACAGGAGAAAAGCCGUACCAGUGUCAGGAAUGUGGGAAAUGUUUUGCUCAGAAGUCAAGCCUUUUAAGCCAUCGGAGAAUUCACACAGGAGAGAAACCGUACAAAUGCCAGGAGUGCGGGAGCUGUUUUGCUCAUAGUUCACAGCUUAUGAACCAUCAGAGAGUCCACACUGGAGAGACAUUGUACAAAUGCCAAGAGUGUGGGAAAUGUUUUGCUCAGAAUUCAAACCUUGUGAAGCAUCAAAGAGUCCACACAGGAGAGAAACCAUACCAAUGUCAGGAGUGUGUGAAGUGUUUUGCUCACAGUUCACAGCUUCUGAACCAUCAGAGGGUCCACACUGGAGAGAAACCUUACAGAUGCCAGGAAUGUGGAAAAGCUUUUGCUCAGAAUUCAAACCUUGUGAAGCACCAGAGAAUCCACAUAGGAGAGAAACCUUACAAAUGUCAAGAGUGUGGAAAAUGUUUUGCUCACAGUUCACAACUUCUGAAUCAUCAGACAGUCCACACAGGAGAUAAACCUUACAGAUGCCAGGAGUGCGGAAAGUGUUUUAUUCACAAGUCAGACCUUAUGAAGCAUGAGAGAGUCCACACAGGAGAGAAACCAUACCAAUGCCUGGAGUGUGGGAAAUGCUUUGCUCAGAAUUCAACCCUUCUCAUGCACCAGACUCUCCACUCAGGAGAGAAACCAUACAAAUGUCACCAGUGUGGGAAAUGUUUUGCGCAUAAGUCGGACCUUAUGAGGCAUCAGAGGGUGCACACAGGGGAGAAACCAUACAAAUGCAAGGAGUGUGGGAAAAGUUUUUCCCAGAGUUCAAAUCUACAGAUCCACCAGAGAGUCCAUGUAAGAAAGAAACCUUAUAAAUGCCAGGAAUGUGGGAAAGGGUUUGCUAAUGAUUCAGUUCUUCUUGUCCAUGAAGGCAUCCACAACGGAGUGAAACUGUACAAUUGCCAGGAUGUGGAGAAUAUUUUCUUUGCAAGGCAGAAAGUCUGACCCAUUAGAAACUCCACACAGGAGAGAAGCAGUAAGAAUGACAUAUACGGGAAAUGUUUCCCUCUGAAUCCAUACCUUGUGAUUCUUGAAAAUAUAUACAAAAGAAAAGAAGACCAGAAAAUGUUUUGUUACAGUUCAUCUUGCUAGCUUGCCAUAGAGCUGGUGUGACGGUUGACUGACUUAGUGCCCCCAGCUGUGGUACUAGUAGUCAAGCGUUCCCAGUUCUUCCUGGGAGAAGAACUGGGAACGUAUGUAGCCUUUCGUGAGCUGGAUGGCCCCAGACAGCCCUGAAAGGAAUGUACAGUGGUGCCUCGCAAGACGAGGUUAAUG